AAAAAAAUUAUUUAUUGGGACCAUGCUGAAAUGACGUCACGAUGACCCUUGACAUUCCCAGGUUGUAUGUAACCCGCAUGGAUGUAUGGUUUUUAUGACUUAGUUUUGGGUACUCGAGUAAUCCCUUUUUUUCAGCGAACGUUUUGAAAAAUAAGUUACUUAAAGGAUUAUAUAAAUGACAAUAAAAAAAGUAAUAAAUAAAGAUCUCUGAGUUUUUCUCAGUAUUGUAUAGAGUAUUCUAAAACGUUCGGCAUCUUAUUCUAAGUGACCAUUACAAUUAAUAUUUUUAACUCUAAAGAAUCUAGCUGCUAUACUAAUUAAUUAAUUAUUAAUAAAUAAAUAAAUAUGGCGAGCAAGGAAUCAUGUGAAAUGACUCAAGAAGUAGCUAAAGUAUUAUUUAAAAAAGGAGGUACAUUAGUUGUAAUGGACAUGCUCCCAGGAACAGACUUUGGAAUAGAUUUAAAAUCUUGGACUACAGGGAGUAAUUUUAAAGGUAUAAAAAUGAUACCUCCUGGAUUACAUUUUAUACAUUACAGUGCUAAAGAUGAAUUUAAUGAAUCAGCCCCCAGAGUUGGAUUUUUUCAUAUUUUUAAAGAGCAAGACUUCAUAGUAAAGCGGUGGGAUAAUAAAGAAACCGACAUGAGUUCUCAACCGAUUGAAGAAGAAGUAAUAGAAAGAAUAAAAAACAAUCACAAAGAACUGGAUAAAUUUUUGGGUCCUUAUCCUUACGAUGUACUUAAUCAGUGGAAAGAAUUAACUAGUAAAAUCAGCGAUAAUAUUUUAGAAAGAUGUCAGCCUCUAACUGGUUACGUCCGAUCCGCAUUAGAGUUAGAAAAUUAUGACAAUGAAAUGCGCUUGAAAGAAAGUAAUAAAACUCAACUGCGACGAAGAGAAAGCGGACUUUCAGUAGAAGCUAAAGAAGAAUUGCUUUUACCAAAUUUAAAACCAAAAAAAGGUACAGAGCUUAGAUUUACAGAGGUGCCAGAAAGAAAUUAUCCCGAUGAUGCAACACCAGCUGAGAUAACCGAGUACUCUUUGGAUUCAUCAUAUGCUCUUAGUUCGACUAUACAAAAAAUGAAAGACCAAUCCGAGAUAAUUGGGGAGUUACAAUUAGCAUUCGUCUGCUUCCUGAUCGGCCAAAGCUUCGAAGCGUUUGAGCAUUGGAAAAAACUUAUUGCUCUAAUUUGCGGGGCCGAAAAAGCGAUCUCUUCACGCCGAAGUAUUUACGUCGACUUUUUACACACAAUUGAAAUUCAAUUAUCUCAUGCGCCUGAAGAUAUACUUUGCGAUAUUGUCGCGGAUAAUAAUUUUGUUUAUUAUCAUUUAAGAAAAUUAUUUGCAACGAUUGAGAUAAAUCCAGAAAUUGAAGGACGCUUAAAAUCUGAAGCUGCGAGGCUCCAAGUGCGACUUACUAAUCAAUUUUCCUGGGAUUUUUCUAAUUUACAACAAGAAGAAUUCGAUGAAGCACCUGUUGUUGUUGCUAUUAAUUAAUUUAUAAAAAAUAAUAUUUUUGUACAUU